AUGGGAACAACCUUGCAUAUGAAGAAUGCGAUCCUUACAUUAGAUCCUUUUGCUCUGAGUGUUGAUCAAGUGUACGAUCUCAAUGAACUUUGUCCUACAAAUGAAGAAAUGGAGAUGAUAACGGUGGUUGCUGAGCAAACGCCUGAGUUAUUGUAUUUUUACAAUGAUCUGAUUCACUUGCAAGAUGCCUAUUGGAUACAAAUUAAAGAUUUGUAUGAGGAAAAGUCUACAAUAAUCCAUAGUUUUGAGAAGGUUAAGCUGGAAUUUAAUGCUUCAGUCAGUGAUGGGAGUGUGUCUGCUAACUUUCGGAAGGCCUUGAGGACAUUUCUUUAUAGUGCUGAUGCGGAAGUCCCAUCUCUAAUCUCUCUGUUUGAUGAAGUGGAUCAAUGCAUAGAGUCACUUAUCAUAUACUUUGGAGAGGAUCCCAAUCAUUAUUCAUGGACACAAGUUAUAAAAUCUCUGGUGUAUUUUAUUGAGAUGUUCAAGAAAGCACACAGUAAUAAUAAAAUGAAGGUUGAUGCUAGAAAGAAGAAAUUGGAGAAAAAUAUUGAUGAAGAAUGAGGGAGCAGUUCAUACUUGUACCAAAAAGAUGCUCUAACAGAGCAAACAAUGCACUUGUCAGCCUCAAGCAGGGUUCAGGGUUCUUAAGUUUUAUCAGAUUAUAUGACUUAUAUAAAUCAAAUAGUAGCCAACAUGUGAAAUCAUUAAUAAAACUGGAAA